AUGUAUGAAGCGAACACCAUUGUGAAACCAACUCUGGCUAGCGGAGUGCUGGAAUGUCUAGGCAGAGAGUGGAAGGGGGACAACUUCAGUGACUUUAGAGUUAUGGUCGAUGGCGCGGAAUUUUUCUGCCACAAAUUUAUUCUGAGUGCCUGUUCCACGUUUUUUAAAGGCUUGCUUAGGGGGGAUUUCAAAGAAAAGCAGGAAGGGUGUGUUGAGUUAAAUAACAUGAGUAAAGAAACGUUUGAAGUUAUCAUCAAUGCGAUGUAUACAGGUGUUGAUGGCGUGAGGUUGGAUAAUGUGCUUGCCGUGUGGCAGGCGACUCACAUGCUGGAUAUACCAUUUUUGAUACACGAGUGUGAGAAUUUUGUGAAGGAGAACAUGUCUCUAGAAAAUUAUAUACAAUUUUAUAAUAUAGCCAAGCAUUUGAAUUCCGAAACUGUGGUGAAAUUUUCGGUGAAAUUCAUGAAAGAAAAUUUUGAUCAUUUUUCUGAGACGGAGACUUUUUUAGAACUUCCGUUUCCGGUUUUACUUUCGUUGGUUGAGGAUGAUGAUUUGAAGGUCAAGUCUGAGAAUAUUGUCUUAGAGGCAAUAUUGGACUGGGUUACUAAUGGUAAUAGUGAACUGCGGCAAAUUAAAAUUUGGGAUUAUAAAGAGACUGAAACCGAAACAACAACUUCAGAAUUAGCGCUUGUUGGUAAAGUAGAAGAUGUUGAAUGGUCGUUAGAAUCAGAAUUAGACAGCAAUGUUGAACCCGGGAAUAAUGUUGAUUCUUCCUUACAACCACAAAACCUAGCCAAUACUGUUGAUAAAAUGGAAAUGAUCCAAGUACAUACACACUUAACUGACAGUAAAUCUUCAAGCGGUGAAUCUGAUACAGAAAGCGAAACUAGAAACAAACAACUUGUUGAACUCUUAUCAGCAGCGCGUUCGUUUUUAGCCAGUCGCCGUUUCCUUGAGGAGCUUUUAGCUCACCCGUGCAUACGGUCGUGUGCGGAAGCUCACUCCAUCAUUUACGAAGCCUUGCUGUACCAAUGGCGCUCCGUUGCCUAUUCCAGCACCCUUGUCAUCCCUUACAGAAAACACAGCGGGAAAAGAAACGCCGUCGUGUUUAUCAACCUCGGUCAGCUGAAUAUCUUCGACCUCAACACUGAGUCUACGUGUCAGAUUAAACUAGACACCAAUUUAGAAUUAGAUACCAGUUUUCCUUCCUGCUUAGCGUCUUCCGGGUCGAAUUUAUGCUUUUUUUAUUUAAGCAGGGAGACAACUUGCGAGUUUGAUGUAAAACGCGAACCUUCUCACCGCCACUCCUGCUGUAAUAAAAAUAUCGCAAUUCUCGAUGAUAAUAAAAAACUAACAACACUCGGUAAAGGAUGCGGGGAAAGUAGAACCCAUCUCAUCUCGUUAAAUAAUGUAUUCGCUAAUAUAAGCAGCUACACAUUCAAACGCGAAAAACUGGAGAAAAAUAUUUCAAAUUUUGUGGAGUUUGCCUGGGAUACGGGCUACGAUUCUGUGUGCGUUUUUCAAGACACUGUUUUGAUAUUUUACAACUGCUACGGGUGCGAGCCGGUUUGUUGUAAAGUUUACUGCUGUAAUUUUUACACCAAAACGACUAAAAAAUUGUACAUUGACGGUCCCGGACUUAAUGUUGUUAACUUUCAGAAAGGUAAAGAAGUGUUUAUAAUUCAACGAGAUGGCGCUUUAAGAUCAGUCAAAAUGGGAACGAACUCAAGAGUCAAGUUUAAACUGGUGACGCAACUCUGGAAAAAUUGUGAAUGGGAUUUAACUGGCGCCGUGUUUUACAAACGAGAGCUAAUCUUAUUUUGUUCAACGAAACCGGAAGAGGUCGAUUCGAGUUUGUUAAAAACUGUACCCGGAAUAUGUGACAGGAUUAAAGUUGUGGAAAUAGAGAGUCAGUCGUGUAUCGUUCCAUUGGUCGUACCUGAGGCAUGGGUCACUCCACAUAGUAUCGAUACCUAAUAGAA